CACUCAUAUCCUCACAUAGGUCACAACGCUUCAUCGGAUCUGCCUAGAAUUUUCUUUUCUAUCAAUGAGUCGAAGUGGUGAUUCAAGUGUGACUUCAAACGUGCAGCCUGUAAGAACAAGCACAUUUGAUGAAGCUAUGUCAUUCGUUCUGGAAGUGCGAGAGACGUUUCGUGAUCAAAGGGACAAAUUUGAAACCUUCCUUAACAUAUUGAAAGCGUUGGGACAAGGAUCAAUGAGAGAGAACAGGCCUGAUUAUGCUACUUUGGUUGCUCGAGUGAAGCAGUUGUUUCAUGGACACAAUAACUUAAUCAUCGGAUUUAACACCAUUUUGCUACCUGAGCAUCAAAUAUCUCUUGAGGAUGAGAAUGACAGUGAGGAAGAAAGCUCAGUUAUAUCCACCGCAAGAGACUAUUGAAAUUUCUGGUCAUGCAAGGGCACAUAUGCAUACAUGCUUUUUCACAAAUGGCGACACCAAAAAUCUCUAAAUUACUCUCUCUCUCUCUCUCUCUAACUCUCUCUCUCUAUAUAUACUGUAUAUCUCUAUAUCUCUCUCUAUUUCGUUCUUGAUGGUUUUAUCGAGUAUGUUGUUGCUAAUUAAUAA